CCGGCUGGAUCGGAAUCGUGAUCGUUCGUGCUCUCUUUUAUUUUAAUUUGACUGUUUGAAAUUGAUUUGUUUUCUUGGUUAAAUUUUUGUGCUCGUGUUUUUCUACUGGACGCUGAAAGCCGUUAAAAUUUAUAAACACAAACUGACUAGUGUGCAAAAUAUUUUACCUACCGCAAAGUUAAGAGCCGUGAAAAGAGUUGUUGUGUCCAAGUGAAAGUGUAGCUGAUUACAAAAAAAAACCUUGCAAAAAUGAUGGCCAAACAGGAAUCGAUAGAUGUGCCGACGCUCGUCGAAGGUGGUUCCUACAUCAUGGAGGGUGUGGCAUCAGAUGAGGCGAAGAAUUUGAGUAUCAUCUUCUCGCCGCUGCAAGAGGAAGCUGGAGCGCUGGCCAAGAUGCUGAAGAUCUUCGAGGAUCACAAGGUCAAUCUGCUGCACAUUGAGUCGCGUUCGUCGACCCGAGGUCAGGGAUACGAGUUCAUGGUCGAGUGCGAUAGCAAGUGCCAGCAGCUCGGUGCAGCGAUCGAGGCCGUUCGGGAGCAAAGCGAUUACUUCAACAUCAUC